CUAUCUUUUUGUUAGCCUGCCACACACCCAAACCGGUAUUUCCGCUUUUCGAGCGCAUCACUCUUUUUUUUUGCUGAGAUCAGUUGUUUCGCUACAGUCAGUCUGACAGUUUCGUAAAUAAUUUGACGAGAUUUUGUGAUCGGAUAUUUAAAACACAGAAUGUUACCGUUUGUAUUGUCAGUUCGUACCCCCGUAGCCUAUUAUAUUUCUAUUAAGUGAUCAACUUCAGUUUUUAUCUUGGUCAAUGUCAAAUGCGUGACUGCGAAACAUGAGCGAAAACAUGAGAGCAUUUAAAAUAGUUCUUCAGAUUACAUGCCAGCUUCUUUGGUUGGUUGCUUUGGUGGUGGGCCUGAGUGGGGUUUACCUGCUGUUAAACUACAACCAGAACGGACUUUUCUUCUCUCACAUGUACAUCAUCCUCCCAGGAGUCCUUUCUCUCGCCAGUGCCGCAUGCCUAUUGGCCAGUGGAGGCUUGGGAUGCUGGGUGUCUAUGAGAGAGUCAGUAUGGCUUCAAGCAGUGCAAUCAGAAAUCUGGGGGUCCGGACAUGACAAUGAGGGGGCCAAGGCUCAUGGCUACCCUAUGGGUUUGUGGAUGUGGUUUGUCUACGUUUUGGUCAUAGUGUUGUGCCUUGAGGCUACUGCUGCUGCACUGGCAUAUUUCAACAUCGGACAGGUGCAUUCAGAACUGGCUCCUUUCAGAAGUGUGUUUCAGAGAUACACAGGCAGCAGUCAGGACCUAGACUCCAAUGCUGUGGAUGCCACACAGGAUGAGCUGCAGUGCUGUGGUAUCCAUGACUACAAGGACUGGCUGACCACGCCCUGGUUUAACCACAGUGGAGGGGUCAGAGUUCCACACAGCUGCUGCAACUCCACCUUCCUCACCUGCAAUGGUACCCUGGACCAGCCUUGGCAGCUCUACCCGAAGGGCUGCCAGAUCAAGCUGGAGGAGGCCUUGCUGUUUGUACUGAGCCUCAUCAUGUGGUCAUCUCUAGCUGUGGCAGUGGUGGAGAUUGUUGGGUUUGUGAGUGUGGCCCAGUUGAUGCGGGAUCAGCCACUGCUGGAGUAUCGGAUUCUGGACAGAGACUGAAGACUGAGAAACGCAGACUACUUACAUUUCCUUCAUCUAAAUUGUUGUCAUGUCCUACACAUCUACGUUCCCCACAAUAGGAGGGACAUAUGGAAAGCAAACUAUCAUGUGUAUUAACAGUGCUGAACAAUCAUAAUUAAAAUAAUUUUUCCAAGUUUAAUCAAUCC